AUGCCUGGAGGCGGAGUCAUCAGUAUUGGGAGCGCGGACCCAAAUCGCAUUGAAGCUCCUAUGACCCUCAAAGCCUAUUUCAUCUGCGCCUUUGCUGCUUUUGGGGGCAUAUUCUUCGGUUACGACUCUGGCUAUGUCAAUGGUGUUAUGGGCAUGCCAUACUUCAUCCAUGAGUUCGCGAAUCUUCCGUACCCUGAGGCUGGUGCCUCGGCAGACUACUUUAUUAUUCCUUCUUGGCGCCAGUCACUGAUAGUGUCCAUCCUGUCCGCUGGCACCUUCAUUGGAGCUGUUGUAUCUGGGGAUUUGGCUGAUUACCUCGGCCGCCGGACCACAAUUCUCAUGGGCUGUGGCAUCUUCAGCGUUGGAGUCGUUCUUCAAGUCGCUUCUUCCGCAUACUCGCUAUUGAUUGCAGGCCGUCUCAUCGCUGGACUCGGAGUAGGAUUUGUGUCCGCGAUCAUUAUUCUCUACAUGUCGGAGAUUGCCCCCCGUAAAUACCGUGGAACCAUCGUCUCAGCUUACCAAUUUUGUAUCACGGUCGGAAUUCUCCUCGCAAGCUGCGUUGUGUACGCCACACAAAACAAAAGGGACUCGAGUGCGUAUCGAAUCCCUAUUGCCAUCCAAUGGAUCUGGGCUCUUGUCCUAGCUUUUGGCUUGGCUUUCCUCCCUGAGUCACCUCGAUACUUUGUAAAGAAAGGCCGCUUAGAUAGAGCUGCUCAAUCACUCUCAAAGAUUCGAGGCCAACCAGUCGAUUCAGAAUACAUCCAAGAUGAACUUGCCGAAAUUGUUGCCAACUAUGAGUAUGAGAAGCAGGCGAUACCUCAAACCGGCUACCUUUCCAGUUGGGCAAACUGCUUUAAGGGCAGCAUCUUUGUCCCCAGUUCAAACCUUCGUCGAACACUCCUCGGCACGUCUGCCCAGAUGAUGCAGCAAUGGACCGGUAUCAACUUCAUCUUCUACUUUGGGACGACUUUUUUCACACAACUUGGCACUAUCGACAAUCCUUUUCUGAUUUCCCUGAUUACUACCCUGGUAAAUGUAUGCUCAACUCCCAUCUCCUUUUGGACCGUCGAGCGCUUUGGGCGCAGACCACUAUUGAUCUUCGGCGCUCUUGGUAUGGUGGUAUGCCAGUUCAUUAUCGCCAUUGCAGGCACAGUAGAUGGAAAGAACCCAACUACGGUUAAGGUUGAGAUUGCAUUUAUUUGCAUCUACAUCUCCUUUUUCGCAUCUACCUGGGGUCCCGGUGCGUGGGUCGUGGUCGGCGAGAUGUUCCCUCUACCUAUCAGAGCUCGCGGAGUUGCUUUAUCUGUCUCAUCUAAUUGGUUAUGGAAUUGUGUUAUUGCUGUCAUCACCCCUUACAUGGUUGGUCGCGACAAAGGAGAUCUCGGCCCCAAAGUCUUCUUUGUUUGGGGCUCAUUGUGCGUGGGAUGCUUCUUCUGGGCUUACUUUUUGGUAUUCGAGACAAAGGGCUUGUCUCUGGAGCAGGUUGAUCGCCUAUUGGAGGAGUCUACUCCUAGGAAGUCUUCAAAGUGGGCCCCAUCUACGACAUAUGCCAAUGAUAUGGAGAUCGGAAUCAAGGAUGGGCACAUGGAGAAGCUUGGACAUGUCGAGAAUAAGGAGGUGGUUUAA